UUAAGUUCUUAUAAUAUAAAUAGAUUUUUAAAUAUCACAUAAUAUAAUGUAGAGCUUUAAUCAUUCAACAUAUUACAACAAUAAAGCAAUACAUACAAAAUACAUAUAAAAAGAUCAGAUCAUUGGAAGUAAUAUCAAAACAAUGUUUUCAUACGUUAAAUACGUUAAAAAUAUGUAAAUUCGAAAGACUUUAUUGUUAACUUCCGGUUGCAUUGGAAAUAUUAGAAAAGCUCUGUUACGCGAAGUUGAGAUUGGUAAUACUGUUCGUGACGUGAACAAGUGUUUAUUUUUUUGGUUGCAUACUGUUGUCACAGGAGAAAUGUGCUAGAUAUUUGGUGUAUCUCCCUUUAUAGAUAAAAUUUUAAAAUGAUAAAGAUCAUCCGACCGCGAUUAAUAACCUUCGAUGUCACUGGUACGUUGCUGAUGACGAAAUUGGAGGAUUACGUCGAAAUUGGUUCUCAGCACGGCUUGUCACUUGAUCGACGCAAAUUGGCGCGAAGCUUCAAAAACACCUUUCAUAGGCUUAGUCUAGAACAUCCUGUUUAUGGGAAACACACAGGCAUCGGAUGGGAAAAUUGGUGGAGGCAACUAGUUCAUAGUGUUUUUAAGGACCAACACAAUUACAUCUCGGAUGCUACGUUAGAUAAGGUUGCUAACAGUUUGAUAAGAUGCUAUGGCACGAGUAUGUGCUGGCACAAGUAUCCAGGCACUAUCGAGUUACUGGACUAUCUUAAAAAAAAAGAACUGAUUUUGGGAAUAAUAUCGAAUUUCGAUGAGAGAUUGGAAGCGAUACUCGAGGAUAUAAGGAUACGUUCUUAUUUUUCUUUUGUCUUAACAUCCUACGAUCUCGGCGUGGAGAAACCAGAUACUUUGAUAUUUGACGAGGCGCUCAGGUUAACAAAGAAACGACAUAGUAUCAACAUAAGUCCCCAACAAGCGCUACAUAUUGGCGAUUCUGUAAAUAAUGAUUACAUUGGUGCUAAAGACGCAAAAUGGAAUGCAAUUCUUAUCCAACAUGAUAAAGAUGGGGACCAAAAAGAAAUCCCUGCGGAGGACAUGUUUAGAAAUUUUCGAGAUUUGAGGUUACACCUUUCUACACUUUUAAAUGGGGACAUGUAGUGUACGCGAUUUAACGAAAUGAAUUUGAAACUAAUAUUUUAAUCGUCAAAAAAUUCAGACGUUAUUUCAUCAAAAGAAGACACAUUUGUCUAUGACAAAACAAAUAAUAGCGUUGAUAAAUAUUAUUAAUAUUUAUUUCAUGUUGAAGAAAUUGACUGUUAGGAAUAGAAUUUUCUAUAUUGUAUUUUACGAAUAUGAGAGCGUUUAUUGUUAAAUUAUAAAAUAAAAUCGAGAAAUAUCUCAUACGCUUAUAUACAUAAUGUAAGUUUUUAUGAAUAUAACGUAUGUUUAAGUUAUACUCAAUGAACAUGUAAGAUCAUAAUAGCAGUUAUGGAAAUGUAAUUCAGAUGAUAACUAAUGCCAUACAUACAUAUAGUUUUGUUUUAUGUAUAUAUAAAUGUUAAUAAUAACUUACGUACCUCUUCAUACUACCUGAAUUCAGCAACAUUUAAUAAUAUGCUAGUAUCACUACUAGCAAAUGUAGUAAAAGACUAUCUUGAAGAAAAAACAUAUCUUAUCAUAAAUUUAUAUUUUUAUACAAAUAUAAUUUUCUAUUGCUUCUACAGUUCUUUAUUACUUUCAUUUGACAUAUUAAACUUACAUGCUUGUAUUCAUUUAUAAAUUAACUGAACUUUUUAUCAAUUGUGAAUCAAAUCAUAUUAAUGAUAGUGAAAUGAUUACUGAUUAAAAAAUUAUAUAAACGCAUGGGUGGACUUGCGUUAUCACUUCCCAUUUCCUGGUAAAAAGAUAAUAGUCUAAAUUGUCAGUAUUUUCUAAGUGAUAAACAUCGAAUUAUAAAUAUUGUACAAUUUUUUUAUACAUAAAACAGUUUGUCAAUACAAAUCGUAUUUGUUAUCAAUUUA